UCACUCGCCAGCGCCGGAAGUUUGCACGCGCGUCGAACCGUGGGCGGCUCUUCACCGAGGCAUAGGGGCGCCAUGGCCGCAGACGAAGAUGAGUUGAAUCUUCUGGUUAUCAUAGUUGACACCAACCCGAUUUGGUGGGGAAAGCAAGCAUUAAAGGGAUCUCAGUUUACUUUAUCCAAGUGCAUGGAUGCUGUGAUGGUGCUGGCAAAUUCCCACCUGUUCAUGCACCGUUCCAACCAGCUGGCUGUGAUAGCCAGUCACAUCCAGGAAAGUCGAUUCUUAUAUCCGGGGAAGAACGGAAGACUUGGAGACUUCUUCGGAGACCCUGGCAACUCCCUUCCUGACUGUAGUCCCUCUGGGAGUAAAGACGGCAAAUAUGAGCUGUUGACAGCUGCAAAUGACGUGAUCGCUGAGGAGAUAAAAGAUUUGAUGACCAAGAGUGACAUAAAGGGCCAGCACACAGAGACACUGCUAGCAGGAUCCCUCGCCAAAGCCCUCUGCUACAUUCACAGAGUGAACAAGGCAGUUAAAGAUAACCAGGAGAUGAAAUCAAGAAUAUUGGUGAUCAAGGCUGCAGAGGACAGUGCACUGCAAUAUAUGAACUUCAUGAAUGUCAUCUUUGCUGCUCAGAAGCAGAACAUUCUCAUCGACGCCUGUGUCCUAGACUCUGAUUCAGGACUCCUCCAGCAGGCUUGUGACAUCACAGGGGGAUUGUACCUAAAGGUGCCUCAGAUGCCUUGUCUCCUGCAGUACUUACUGUGGGUUUUUCUUCCGGAUCAAGAUCAGCGAUCUCAGCUAAUCCUCCCGCCUCCAAUCCAUGUGGACUACAGGGCUGCCUGCUUCUGUCAUCGAAGUCUCAUUGAGAUUGGCUAUGUCUGCUCCGUGUGCCUGUCCAUUUUCUGCAAUUUCAGCCCCAUCUGCACCACUUGCGAGACAGCCUUUAAGAUCUCCCUCCCUCCAGUACUGAAGGCCAAGAAAAAGAAACAGAAGGUGUCCCUUUGAUGAACGACACAUGUGUCCCCAUCUCUAGCCACUGGCCAACUCCCCGGGGUGGAGCUGAAGUGCACCCCAAGCCUCUGAUGUUAUCUGGAAAGGGGGACAAGCACAAUGUUAGGGCUUUCUGUUUGUUGUUUUCAGGUAGCAGUUGCUUGGCAGAAGCCAGCUGGUGUUGCCCUGUUUGUUGUUGGCUCCGUUCCUUAAAGCUGGGUGUCGAACCCCGGCCUUGCAUGUCCUCAGCCAGCACCCACCGCUGAGAUUUUGUAUUUAAAUGGUCCUGCAGCCCCCCUGGGAUUUUGUAUUUAAAUGGUCCUCUGUCAAAGCUUAUCAUGGUAGAUUCUGGGUCAUCUGUACUUCAAGAUGGGCAGUGUGUGAAGCUGGAAUGACCCAGCAUUGGGUCAUUAUCAGUUAUGAUAAAACAUUUUAGUUGGACAGGUGGUACAUGUCUGGAAGACUGGGUCAGAAAGUAUUUGGGUUCAGAUCUUGCCUGGGAGAUAUACACACAUGUGAACACACACACAUCCUGUCUUUUAAGAAAAUUAAUAUUUUACAUCAAAUAAAUUGUUUCCUUUAACUAUAUUCAAAUGUAACCUGACGUAAAGGCACAAGCCUUCAGUCCCAGCACUCAGGGAGCAGAGUUUGAAGCCAGCCUGGUCUGCGUAGUAAGUUCAAACCAGCCAGGGUCAUAUCUUGCCACCUUGUUUACAAGAACAAAAGUAACAAAACCAAGAGUCAAAUGUACAUGAAUCGAGGCUUCCCUUCUGGUGUUAGCUGUUCUGUAUUCAUUCCUCUGAUACACCAGCAUAUUUGCACAGAGUUAACCAAAAUUAUUUUGAUGGUUUCAUCAAAAACGUAUAAAAUCUGAGUUUAAAUCUACAAGGAGAGUGAACAUUGGGCUAUAGUAAAGUUUGUCAGGUACACGAGGGAAGAAUUGUUUGCUGGGGUUAGAGAGCCACUUAUGGUAGAAAAGAUGCUAUCCUAUCUGUAUAAUUCUGUCAUUUUUAAAAUAGAAUGACAUUACUAUUGGAGAACUGUUGAAUACUAGAAAUUAAAUUAGUUCAAUAGAAACACUUGUAAUUUCAACAAUAAAAAUUCUAUUUUUAUAUUUA